AUGAAACUUAGUCCAAUAAAAGGUUUUGGAUUGUGCAUCAUGUCGAAAUGCCUUAAUUCUGCUAAACCAAAUAUAGUAUUGACUGAAGAUGUUAAUCAUUCCAUCGAGAAUGAAAAUCAUUCCAAAGAGAAUGAAGAAUUAAUACCAAAACAAAGCUCAAAUCGCUCAAAUAAUAACGAUAUGAGAGAUAAUACUCAAAUGAAGUUGCAAUAUUACUCUCCCAUGGUUUAUGCUACCAGCAUAGAAUGUGAUGGACCUGCUUCAAAUAUAAGAUGGGGUAUUCCAAAAGGUCUUGGUCUUCGAGGUGGAGGAGAGAACUCUUUGAAUACAGGAACAUCUGGAUGGGGUACCCCAGCAGCAUCAGGAGGUUCUAGCUGGGGCGGUAAUCCUCCAGGUCCGCCUCAAGGUCAAUGGGGUGCCAACAGGCCUCCUAACCAAUCUAAUACCAAUGCUACCCAACAGCAGGGUACAGAUUUUAAUCAGAACAAAACACAAAAUAGUGGACAACAACCUGGGCCUUCACAAAAUCAAAGCAAUGCUCAACAAUCACAGCAACAGGGUGGUAACAAUAGUCAACAACAAUCCUCUUCUCAAGGGCAGAAUCAAUCUGGAAAUCCUCCCAAUACUAGUUGGGCUCAAGCUGCUGCAAAGGGGUUACCAAAUUCUAAUCAAAGCCAAAAUGCUGCUCAAAGUAGCGCUACUAAACAAUUAGAACAACUAAAUAAUAUGAGAGAAGCUCUUUUCAGCCAAGAUGGUUGGGGAGGCCAACAUGUCAAUCAAGAAACUAAUUGGGAAACUCCUGGUUCUCCUGAGCAAGGAGUAAAGAGUGAUUCUCAAGGAAACAGUGGAAAUGCCUCGGGUGUUUCAGCACCAAUGUGGAAACCAAAUAUUAACAAUGGUACAGAUUUGUGGGAAGCUAAUUUAAGAAACGGUGGUCAACCUCCUGCUCAGCCACAAAAUAAAACUCCUUGGAACCACACACCUUCAACUAAUUUGGGAGGAACUUGGGGAGAAGAAGAUGAAACAAAUGAUUCCUCUAAUGUUUGGACUGGCGUUCCACCUAAUAACACUAAUAAUUCUUGGUCAGGGCCCAAUAAUACUAAUAAUUGGCCCUCUGCUCCCGAGAAAAAGGCUGAGUGGACUGCUAAUAGCACUUCUGGUGCCACCGGUCCAGCGUGGGGUGAUCCGAGAAAUGUUGCAAUUGAUCCCAGGGAAAUGAAUCGAGAAAUGCCUGGUGGUGUAAUGAGAGGAGAUCCUCGAGGAGUUUCAGGAAGACUUAACAAUACAUCAGAAAUGUGGGCUAUGCAACAGCAGCACCAAACACAACAACCUCAACAACCACAACAUCCUCCGAAUAAAAUGGGACCUAGCGUGCCACCAACUGGUACAAAUCAAUGGUCGGGUAAUUUACCAAAAGAAUUGACUGACAUCUCUCCUGCUCAAAGACGAAAUAUUCCUAACUAUGACGAUGGAACAUCUUUAUGGGGCCAACAGCAAGCACACUUACCCGCUGGUAGUAUGGGCCGAGGAAACAUGCCUUGCCCUCCUGGAAUGCCACAAAACAGAAUUCCUGGAGCUGGUAACAAUAUGAAACCUGACAAUCCCGUUUGGGGUCAACCAGCACGAAAUGGAGCUUGGGACAGUCAUGAUGCAGGCCCCCCUGUUGGAGGUCCUAAACCUAAUAAAGCGCCAGGUUGGACUGAAGAUUUGAUAGAUUCAUCCUGGGUUCAUCAAUCGAUGCAAAGACAGCAAAUGCCGAAACAAUUUUCGAAAGAUUUGAUUUGGGCUAGUAAGCCAUUUAAAAUGCUUUCUGAAAUGAAUUUUAAGAAGGAAGACGUCGAAAACGCUUUGAGAACUGCAAAUAUGAGUGUUCAAGAUGCUUUUGAAAUUCUUACCGCUACUUCUAGAAUGCCAGAAGCGUGGAACAGGAGGCAGGACGAACAUUCUUUUGAUCAAGCUAAUGCAUCUUUUUCAAGGGGUUUUAAUCCCAGUCAACAAGUAUCUUUCCCUCCAGUAAUUUAUUUUUUUUUUUUUUUUACUCCAGCUUUCAUUAAUUACACAUUUUUUAAAAAAAAAAAAAUUUUAUUCAAUUCUUAUCCUUAUUCACAGCAAUCUAGUAAUCAAUUAAAUCAAGGGCAGCAAAGGCCUGGAACAAGUCAACCUAGUCAGCAACAAUUAAAAAUGUUAGUUCAACAAAUUCAAAUGGCAGUUCAAGCAGGGUAUCUUAAUCAUCAGAUAUUGAAUCAAUCAUUAGCACCUCAAACUUUGUUUAUGCUCAAUCAACUUCUUCAACAAAUUAAGGUGUUGCAGCAGCUAAAUCAACAACACAAUUUAAUGUGUUUAGGAGGACAGUUAAAAAACAGUAAUGCGGCUCUCCAGCUAUCCGUUCAAAUCACAAAAGUUAAACAAAAUAUUAGUAAUUAUCAGGCAACUCAGCAAGCAGCUCAUGUUAAGCAGCAGGCACACUUAAUGUCGCAAAAUGACCCACCAGUCGACUUGUUUAAGUCAAAUUUGACUGAUCCCCUCAAUGCACUCCAAACCAAUUUUUCUGAUCUCAGUCUUAAUAAAGAUUCUUCAGCCCAGCAAUCUCGUUUAAACCAGUGGAAGUUACCGUCUCUUGACAAAGAUGGUGAAGGAAACGAAUUUAGUCGUGCGCCAGGAACUACCUCUAAAAGUUCAUUACCCCAAGGUCAUUCAUCACCAAAUAUAAAUCCUUUAUUGGGACAGACUGAUAGUACUUGGUCUUCAGUUGGCCGUUCGAAUUCUGAUACGGGGUGGCCAGAUUCUGCAACCAAUGACAUCACAUCGGAUUCUAAAGAUACCCAGUGGAAUUCUUCUCAGGCUCCGGCCAAUGCAUUUGCUGAUAUUAUACCGGAGUUCGAGCCGGGUAAACCUUGGAAGGGCACACAGAUCAAGUCGGUAGAAGACGACCCGUCCAUGACUCCUGGUUCCGUUGCUCGGUCUCCUCUUUCACUUGCCACUAUAAAAGACACAGAAAUUCUGUCUUCCAGCAGUAAGAGCUCACCACCUGCUACAAGCACUGUCGAUACAGUCCCUCCACUUAGUUUAAGUAGCUCACCAUGGACUUUCAAUCCAGCUAGUAGCUCAGUAUAUACCAGCGCUUUAUCCAAAUUAACCAAUUCAAAGCCUUGGGGUGAAACUCCUCCAACUGCAGCAGGGUCAAAUGAAUUAUGGCUAGCUCCAGGUAAAGCUAGAGGACCUCCCCCAGGGUUGUCAGCCAAAGUUCCACAGAAUAAUUGGGGUUGUGAGUAUUUUAUUAAUUACAUUUAA